AUGGCGGAGGACAAAAAGGCACAAGAGGAGGUGUAUGGCAUCUCCUCCGGCGUUGAAGACCCUGCUCGAGUUAUCGGUGGCUAUGGGGAGACUAUCAAGCGUCACGGCGCAAAGACCAAGGAGGUCCAGAAUGCCGAUCUUUUCGCUGCCAUCGAAGAAACCAAGAUCGCAAGAUGGAGCAAGGAAUCCCUGCAUUUGUACUUCUGUAUCUUCGUCGCAUUCUGCUGUGCCUGUGCCAACGGUUAUGAUGGAUCUCUGAUGGGAUCUAUCCUCGCCAUGGAUCAUUAUCAAAAUGUCUUCAAGACCGGAAUGGAUGGCCCCAAGGUCUCCGUUGUUACUUCGCUCUACACAGUUGGCUCUAUUGUCUGCACUCCCCUCAGCGCCAUCAUUUCCGACAGGCUUGGUCGUCGCAAGUGUAUGUUUAUUGGCGGAUGGGUCAUCAUCAUUGGGUCUGUCAUUAUCACCAGUGCGAUGACACUGCCGCAAUUCGUUGUCGGUCGAUUUAUCCUCGGUCUCGGCAUUCAAAUCAUGGUCGUCUCUGCUCCUGCCUACGCUGUUGAAAUUGCUCCGCCUCACUGGCGUGGUCGUGCCGUUGGCUUCUACAACUGCGGUUGGUUCGGUGGCUCCAUCCCUGCCGCUGCUAUCACAUACGGUACCAACUUCAUCGACAACAACUACUCGUGGCGCAUUCCCUUUAUCUGCCAGUGCUUCGCCUGCAUUAUCGUCAUUAUAUCUGUUUGGUUCAUUCCCGAGUCACCCCGUUGGCUCAUUGCAAAUGGCCGGAACGAAGAGGCAGAGGCUUUCCUGGUCAAGUAUCACGGAAAUGGUGACCCCAACGCUCGAUUGGUCCGUCUUGAGAUUGAGGAAAUGAAGGAAGGUAUUCGAAUUGAUGGUAUUGACAAGAGAUGGUGGGAUUACCGCCCAUUCAUCAUGACAAAAAGUGGACGCUGGCGUUUCGCACAGGUUAUCAUGAUUUCCGUCUUUGGACAAUGGUCUGGCAACGGUCUUGGUUACUUCAACGCCACUAUCUUCAAGGCUAUUGGAUACGAGUCCAGCUCAACCCAGCUGUUGCUUAACCUCGUCAACUCUAUUGUCUCAGCUGUGGGUGCAUUAACCGCUGUAUACUUCACUGACAAGAUGCGUCGUCGCCCUGUUCUUAUUUUCGGUACUCUUGCAUGCGCUGUCACCUUGGGUAUCAAUGCCGGUAUCCUGCAAGAAGUCGCCAAUACUGGUCUCAUAGGCAAGAACAAGGGCAAGGCUGCUCUUGCUUUCUACUACCUUUUCAACGUCGUCUUCUCGUUCACAUACACUCCCCUCCAGGGUGUCAUUCCGGCCGAGGCUCUCGAGACAACCACUCGCUCCAAGGGUUUGGCUCUGUCAGGCUUCAUGGUCAGCAGCAUUAGUUUCAUCAGCCAGUUUGCUACGCCCAUUGGUCUUCAUAACAUUUCUACCAACUACUUCUGGAUCUUUGUUGGCUGGGACGUUGUCGAGUCCGUUUUCUGGUACUUCUUCUGUGUCGAAUCCCAGGGCCGAACUCUGGAACAGUUGGAGUGGGUUUACCAGCAGCCCAACCCCGUCAAGGCUUCCAUGAAUGUGGACAAGAUUGUUGUUCAGGAGGAUGGUACCGUGACCGAGAAAAUCGAAGCUGAUGCUUAA